GUUCUGGUGGCCAGGAAAAGACUGGCUGGGACAUCCCACUUGCUCCAGAGCCUGUAUACAGGAUACUGGGAAAACAGACAGAAGCUGCCAAAAGAUAAAAAUUCUUAUCAAAGCUCUCCCAGAUCUUUACCUGUGUUGCUUGGUUAAGAUCUGCUGUUGGCUGUACUCUAUGGAGCUUUGUUUCUAGCUGUUCUCUGACAAAGGGCUUGAUCUGUGCAGCACAUCUCGUCCUCUUUGUUCGCCUCUGGCUUCAACCACUGAAUCACCAAGUACUCUCCAGCUGGGAGUCAGACAAGGGCAGAGAUGAAGAACCCAGAAGCCCAACAGGAUGUUUCGGUUUCCCAGGGAAUUCGCAUGAUGUUUUACAUGAUGAAGCCCAAUGAAACGUCAUUCCAAGCCCUAGAAGAGGUGCCUGAUUAUGUACAAAAGGCAACCCCAUAUUUCAUUUCCUUGAUGCUGCUUGAACUGGUUGUCAGCUGGAUACGCAAAGGGAAGCCACCAGGUCGUCUGGAUGAUGCCUUAACAUCAAUGUCAGCUGGUAUUCUGUCUCGACUUCCAAGUUUGUUUUCUAGGAGCAUUGAACUUACUAGUUACAUUUAUAUCUGGGAGAACUACAGCAUCAUCAGUUUGCCUUGGGAUUCUCCAUGGACUUGGUAUUUAACUUUCUUGGGAGUUGACUUUGGCUACUACUGGUUCCAUCGUAUGGCUCAUGAGGUUAAUAUUCUGUGGGCUGCACACCAAACACACCACAGUUCUGAAGGCUAUAACUUAUCCACAGCACUGAGACAAUCUGUCUUCCAAAUAUAUACUUCCUGGAUAUUCUACUCUCCCUUAGCCCUCUUCAUACCACCCUCAGUAUAUGCUGUUCAUCUUCAGUUCAAUCUCCUCUACCAGUUUUGGAUCCACACAAAGGUCAUCGAUAAUCUUGGUCCUUUGGAACUGAUUCUUAAUACUCCCAGCCAUCAUAGGGUUCAUCAUGGCAGAAACCGUUAUUGCAUAGACAAAAAUUAUGCUGGCACUCUUAUUAUAUGGGAUAGAAUUUUCGGAACAUUUGAGGCAGAAAAUGAAAAAGUUGUAUAUGGCCUAACACAUCCCAUUAAUACAUUUGAACCAUUCAAGGUGCAGUUCCACCAUUUAGUUAACAUAUGGACUACAUUCUGGGCCACACCUGGAUUCUUCAAUAAGUUUUCUGUCAUGUUUAAAGGACCAGGAUGGAGUCCAGGUAAACCAAGACUUGGGCUGAGUGAAGAAAUCCCAGAGGUCAAGGGGAAUGAAGUUCCCUUCUCAUCUUCGGCAUCUCAACUAUUAAGGAUAUAUGUAGUUGUACAGUUUGCUCUGAUGCUAACAUUUUAUGAAGAGACCUUUGCAGAUAAAGCUGCGUUAUCACAGGUCACACUCCUUCUGAGGGUUUGCUUCAUUAUCCUGACCUUGACCUCCAUUGGAUUUCUUCUGGAUCAAAAACCUAAGGCAGCUGUUCUGGAAACUUUCCGAUGCUUGCUGUUCCUAAUGCUGUGUAGAUUUGGUCAUCUCAAACCUUUCAUCCCUUCUUUGUCAUUUACUUUUGAGAUUUUUUUUUCCAUCUGCAUUGCUUUCUGGGGAGUAAAAAGCAUGAAACAACUUGUCUCAGAACCUUGGAAAUAACGUUUGUAUACAAUUCUCUUAUUUUAAUCAUUUGUACUACUGCCUAUGGAAAUUAAUUAGUUUAUAUGAUGAUUAUAUGAACCCUUUCUUUAAUGAAAGAGAAAUGCAUUUAUUUACUCUUGCUUGCUUUCCACAUUUAUUAUUCUCUAUUAAAAUUAAAGUCAGUUGUGGUUACUUUAUUGCUAAGGUUUAAAACAAAUAAUUUCAGUAGAAUAAUAUUACAUCCACUGGUAGCAUCUAAGCCAAUGAAUAUGAAAAGGCGAAAACUUCCAAACAGUAAAAAGAAUGAAGGUUUUAUUUGCAUUGUUUUGACAAUAACUUUUUGUUUUGCUGUUUGUUAAAGUUCUGCUUAGAUACAUAUUUGGUGUCAUAAAAAUGUACUGUGUAAGUUGUCUGCUUAACUCUUUUUACCUUUGAAAACCAUCUAACCUAAGGAGUGACCUUACAGAAUAUGACAUAACUGAAAUGAACGUGAGCAGACACAUUACUAAACAGAUUAAUUUGUGAUACUUGUGUCUAAUAUGCUUAGUCAAUUUAUUUUGGCAGAUUGAGGAGCAUGCAGUAAUUCUGUGUUAUUUUAAAUUGUCACAAUAAUGUUAAUAAAACUCUUUAAAUCAAGUUUCCCCAGGCA